AUGGCCACCACUGUCUUGUUCUUCAAGAUUUCAAUGCCUAUCAUGAUUGCCCCAAUAGCCAUGCAGAAAAUGGCUCACCUUGAAGGUACAAAUCCAACUGUGGUCGUUUCUGUUGGUCUCACAACAUGGAGCCCACCACGAAUAAUCGCUAAAUAUAACUGCACCGGAAGGGACGAAAAGCUCAAUUUAACAAUGGGCGUAGACCCGUAA